AUGGCGAUUGGGGCAGUGGCCGGAGCGGGCGGGCAGCGUGCACGUGCGGAGGAGGGCGCGGUGGCCGCGAGCGCUGGGCAUGAACGAGGUGCCGAUGCGGGCGGCGGAGCACGGCUAUGGGUGUGCAGCGCGUGCGGUGAGCGUGGUGAGAGUGAGGCGCAGACAGGUUCUCGUUACCACUUCCUGCCGGAGAGCCCCUUCAUUACAGAUGAUCGACUGCUUCAACGGAAGAUUCUGACAAUACUCUCCGAUCCCGAUCCCAUCGCCCCCCCCCCGUCGCCCGCCAUCGCGGCCACCUCGCCGCCUGAAGCGUCCUCGCCGGACUGCUUCCGCUCCGUCCCCUUCGUCUCCAUCCUCCUCCCCGAGCACCGCUGCCCGACCCUCUACCGCUCGCGGCGAGGCCCCGGGCCUCCUCUCUCUCCCUCGCCCGCACGCUCCCUCGCGCUGCCCGUGCCCCGCUCGCCCCACGCGGCCACUGCAUCGUGUGCGCCGGCGCGCACCACGGCGCCCCGCGCGCCUUCCCCGCUCUGGCCGCCGAGGCCCACGUCCGCCGUGGCCUCCUCUGGCCUCCCCUGUCCGCCUACGCCGCCAGUCGUCAUCGUCCCACGCCGCGCGGCUGGCCUUGGCCGCCGUGCUCACCGCGGCUGCCUUCCGGCCGCGCCCUUACUGCUGCGCCGCUUUGCCCUUCCACCAUUGCUCGCCGCCCGCGCCAGCCUCGUCCUGCCCCGGACGGCGUCGCCCUCCGCCCGGGCCGUCGCCCUGCCUUGCCUCGCCGUGCCCCCCUGUUCCUCGCUGUUGCAGCUGCUGGAUCUCGCCCCCUUGUCACUGCUCGCCGGAGGCCACCCGCCAUGUCGCGCCGUGCACCCGCCAUCGGCGCGCCACCACCCUGUUGCGCCCCGCCGCAGCCACGUCCGCCGUCGCGGCCAUCUCCCCCUCCGCCGCCUCCCCUGGCUCUGGCCGCCGCCGACACCGGCGUGCGUCGUGCGUGCUCAGCGCCCCUCGGGCACGCGUCCGUUUGGGCGCCCGCACCGCCGCCCGUUAGCACCGUGCCCGUUAAGGCCCGCUGGCCCUAUGACAUGUGGCGCCCCAAACCCCCAGAACGAUUUUACAGGAAAUAAGAUUAAAAAAUAA